GGUGUAAGUAAGCGCGUCAGACAUACUCGUAACCGUGGCGUCGCUCAUAAAAACAAAUUACCAUUAGUUUCAUACGCGUGUAAGUACCGUGGAGAGAAGCUUCAUUUUUGUUUUGAUCCGUAUUAUUGUUAAUAGCACACACCCUGUCCGAUGCGUUGAUACUUUUUUCAAAUAUUCAAAGCAUUAACUCUAAACUGUUGCUUCGUACAAAUCUGUAGUAUCAAUUGAAGUGUCGGAUAAUUUCGUUGGAAAUAGUAGUGAUUCAACAUGAAUGAAUAUAGGAGUGAGAAACGACUGGCCUAUCUGUAUCCUCUUAUCGGUGCAUUAUCGUUUAUCUGCUGCAUAUCAACCGCCGUGGCAUGGCAUCACUGGCGUUAUGUGCUUGAUACCUGCGUGGAAACCAACUGCGGAUGCAUUCUCAAUGGCCUUUCGACUCCCACAUUUUUCACAGGUGGCCAUAUCGCUUAUUGCCACUGGGCCACUUAUGGACUCGUCCUGCCGAUAUUGUUUUGUGCUAUUUUUGGUAUUUUCCAUGUAUUUCGUGUCUGUUGUGGCAAACCUAGGGGUAACACUUCAACGGCCACGGUUCGCCAGAGAUCUGGUGAAGUUAUUGUGAUGACGACCAAAACCGAUGUAACUGAUGAGGAUGAUAUCAGUCCGUACUAUUGGAUCCCUGUUAGUAUUAUUGGAAGUUUUAUGGCGCUCUUCACACUGGUCCAUGCCGCAAUGUAUUUAGAUGGGUUUUUAUACAGCUGCAAACAGUAUCGUAAUGAACUGAUCAAGUAUAUGCAAGCUAGUGGACCCCUUGUAGCUGCUAUCCAAGGAAGAUUAUCAUGCGCUUCGGUAUUUGACUUUAUGGAUUACUUGCACCAAGAUGUAUCCUGGGAUCGUCGUCGUGAGGGCAAAAUCAACACAGCCGCUGCACUGAUCAUCGGACUUAUAUGCUCGUGGACUUGUAUCGCUCUUUGGAUUUGGACAGUAGUAGUUGCAGCUCAACGUGCUAGAGCUAGCCGUCGCGUUCGAGUUUAAAAUUCAACUUUUUCAUACCACAUGUUUUCUUGAUUACAACAUGUCAACUUUGCUUGCAUGAGCUAUUUAGACCCAUUUAGCGUCAGCAUUGAAAAAACGCAACAUUCCUCUCUCGGUUUUAAGGGAGUUCAAAUCGAAAAUAUCGGCUCGGAUCUUUAGAAAUGAUAAACUAUUUCAGAAGAAACCUUCUAAUCGUAUAAAUGGGUAUAGCGGUCCAAAUCUGCAACAAAAACACAAAUCUUUAAAAACUGAAUGUAAUGUUACAUGCCACAUAUUUUUGAGUUUCUACAUCUCGUUUUAUUUUGGAAGGCCUGACGAGUUUUCUGUUGCUGAGUUGUACCAUUUUGAAUCAAACUGUUAACAGUCUCAUUUAAAUGUGUGUUGCAACAUACACAAUGUAUAACAAUAAUGUAUAUCGAUCGCUUUGAUGAGCAAUCUGAGUCUUUUCGAAGUUUGAUGUAAGACAUCCAUGUUUAUGAUUCAUUGAAUGCAUACAUAUCCGCGUGAAUCUACCAUUAACACAACAAUAAAAUGCGCCAUUUACGAAAUAAUUAUAGCAAAUAGGAGGGUUAGCAUUGCAAACAAUAGUACAGACAGAUAACGAACAAAAAUCUAGUGCCUUAAACCUGGAGAGCAACACUUUUUAUCGUAACACCACCAAGACAUAAAUAUGAUAUAUGUUUACUUUCUUAAGAAUAGCCUUUGAAAUAUAAUAUAAUGAGCCAUUAAA